AUGGAUUUAGCUUCAGGGGUUACUAUUACAUAUGCACACCAUGCUUUAAUUAAUGGUAAUAGAGCUAAUACUUUAUAUGGUUUCAUAUAUAGUACUUUAUUAAUUGCUUUAUUUGUUGUAUUCCAAUUCUUAGAAUAUAGAUAUGCUGGAUUUACUAUUACUGAUGGAGUUUAUGGUUCAACUUUCUAUUCAUUAACUGGUUUACAUGGAUUACAUAUGAUUAUGUUAACUAUUAUGUUAAUUAUCUGUACUUGA